AUGUACAAUGUUUUGUUCAGUUCAAUUGAGCGUGACGUUGACGUUGGUAUAAAUCAUUUCUCGUUCCAUCUGCAGAAGGGCCAACCCUUUGGUGGGAUCAAGGGCAUUGUGAGUGGGUCUCGGGAAGUUGAUCUAAUUCAUUUCAUCAGCGAGGGGAGUUUGCGUUACGGGUACUGGAUUACACCGGGUUUGAAGUACUAUUGUGUGUACAACUCAGACGCAGAACUGUAUGAGAUUCAUAUUGAUAGCAACGGCGCUGGUUAUGAAGAGAAACUGAGGAGGUAUGAGUCCCAGUCUAUGUUGGUGCAAUACCCUCGACUUGACGAGAACGACACUUGGUAUUCAUUAACAAGUGAAAUAAGGUGGUAUAAUGUGAGCAAGCUCUUCUCGUUGACCACAGAUGAUAAGAUAGCGUAUAUGGACUCUUCGAUGACCACCAUUGAAGAGGCCAAGAUACUGCAAGAUCGUUUGCAACAAACAGUUGGCCACUCUGGUCAUGACAACAAGGCUCUUAGGUAUGCAUAUAUCAAUUUCAAAUCCCGUGAGGCCAUACGAGACACACAUAAGAUGGAGGAUUUCUACGAUAAAAGCCAUUAUUUAUUCGAUGUUGUAUUACCGCAACAGUUCCGAGACUCCAUGUCUGCGUACAUGGGUGAAUUACAGAUGAGCUUCAUUAACGCUAUGUUCUUCGCAAGCUACGGUUCCAGCAUGCAAUGGCACAACUUAUUACAAUUGCUGUGCGACAGCAACAGGUUUGAACAGUACAAGAGACUAGACGAAGUGGUCUCGGUACAGAUCAACAAUAUACCUGAGGAAUACUUCGACACACUGAUCAACCGCGAGUGCUGGACUAAGUUGCUGAAAGCACACCACAGCCAGUUGCCCAACACAUACAACAGCAUGCAAACCCGGUUCCCAGAACUCAUACCUGCCACUGCUGGCCACAACGACUACGACUGCGACUCCGACCCAGGCACAGGCCCAGUCCCAGACCCGAUGCUCGGCUCAGACUCAGAGAUCGAGAUGAAUGCCACCUCAGAUGAAGAGGACACACCCACAGUGGUCUCACAGGUACACCACAGACACAUCUAA